AUGAUUUACUUUAAAUUUAAGAAAACAUUUAGAUCCCUCGUUUAUUCUUGCAAUUUUUACGUUUUUAGUUCAACGACACAGCAAACCAGUACGGGAUCAGAUCUAGCCCACAGAGCACCAAGUGGUGAUGUCAGAACAUGGUACGACGACCUCAACUCUCCCCUAAUCCAACAGGACGGUAACGAAAAGAGCCUAAAAUUAAGAUUCGACGUUAGUCAGUAUGCUCCAGAAGAAAUUGUAGUUAAAACUGUUGAUAAUAAACUAUUGGUUCACGCUAAACACGAAGAGAAGACAGAAUCAAAAUCCGUAUACAGAGAAUACAAUAGGGAAUUCUUACUGCCUAAAGGAACAAAUCCCGAACACAUCAAGAGCUCCCUAAGUAAAGAUGGCGUCCUUACUGUCGAAGCACCUCUUCCAGCGAUCACUUCAGGAGAAAAAUUAAUUCCAAUCCAACAUUAA